UAACACCUUUACCCAAAUACAAGCAGAAAUUUCUUAAAAAUAACGGAAAGUUCCCUCAAUUUAAUAUUUCAUUACAAAUCUGCCAAAAUUACUGCUCUCUCUCUCGUUUUUGAGUUGUAUAUAAACAGCUCUAUCAUCGUCUCUUAUACUUGACCAACGCAAAUUCAACACGCUCUUAACCCAAAUGUUAAGAGAAUUCCCGCGCUUUUGAUUAAUCUCGAUUCGGUUUGAUCCAGUUUUUUUAGGGUUUUGAAUUUAGUUGAGUUUGCAGAAAACAAAGGGGAAAAUCACAAUGAAGGCACUUAUUCUUGUUGGAGGGUUCGGGACACGGUUGAGGCCAUUGACUCUUAGUGUACCUAAACCAUUAGUUGAUUUCGCCAACAAACCUAUGAUCUUGCAUCAGAUUGAAGCUCUCGAGGCAAUUGGAGUAACUGAAGUGGUUUUAGCUAUUAACUACCAACCUGAGGUGAUGUUGAACUUCUUGAAGGAUUUUGAGGCAAAGCUAGGUAUUAAGAUUACAUGCUCCCAAGAGACUGAACCGCUUGGCACUGCUGGUCCUCUGGCUCUGGCCAGGGAUAAAUUGGUUGAUGAAUCUGGCGAUCCAUUUUUUGUUCUCAACAGUGAUGUCAUCAGUGAGUACCCACUCAAGGAAAUGAUAGAGUUUCACAAAGCCCAUGGAGGAGAGGCUUCCAUUAUGGUGACCAAGGUGGAUGAGCCAUCAAAAUAUGGUGUUGUGGUUAUGGAAGAAUCAACAGGGACGGUUGAAAGAUUUGUGGAAAAACCAAAAAAUUUUGUUGGCAACAAAAUCAAUGCUGGAAUUUAUCUGUUGAACCCGUCGGUUCUAGAAAGGAUUGAAUUGAAGCCCACCUCAAUUGAGAAAGAGGUCUUCCCGAAAAUUGCAGCAGACAAACAACUUUUCGCUAUGGUACUUCCUGGUUUCUGGAUGGACAUUGGACAGCCAAGAGACUACAUCACCGGCCUGCGACUCUAUCUAGAUUCUCUACGAAAGAAAUCUUCAUCUAAAUUGGCCUCCGGCGCCCAUGUUGUCGGAAAUGUUCUGAUAGACGAAACCGCCAAGAUCGGAGAGGGAUGUUUGAUUGGACCAGAUGUUGCAAUAGGUCCAGGCUGCAUUGUCGAGUCAGGCGUGAGACUCUCUCGCUGCACUGUAAUGCGCGGAGUUCGCAUCAAGAAGCACGCCUGCAUAUCCAGCAGUAUCGUCGGGUGGCACUCUACUGUCGGCCAAUGGGCUCGUAUCGAGAACAUGACAAUCCUCGGCGAAGACGUCCAUGUAUGCGAUGAAAUAUACAGCAAUGGCGGUGUGGUUUUGCCCCACAAAGAGAUCAAAUCGAGCAUUUUGAAGCCGGAGAUAGUUAUGUGACGGAAUCCAUCUGAUGUCUGUACAAUAUGGAUCGACAAGUAAGUUUAAAUGUGUUUUUUUUGCUCAUGUUUCAUCUUGUCUUUAAGUGUAAAAUUCAGUUUCAACAAGUUUGCAUGAUUUGAGUUGAGUUGUGAGCAUUGUCUGAAAUGCAGGGAAAAAGUGUGAUCUUUUUAUGUGGUUAGUUUUAUGUAAAUAGAAAUAAAUGUUCUAUUUAAAUCCCUUAUAUAUUAUGUAAUUUAUCAAUCAAUGUCAAAAUUCUUUUUUUGUUGGUGUCA